UGGCCGCGUGGGCACUGCCGGACUCGGGCGGUUUCUGGUGCCCCCUGGUGCCGGGAACUCAGAAGUGCCCCCACGGCCGGCGGGCGGGCGGGCGAGCUGCGGCUUCGGCAGACUCCGCGGGCUUUCCGGGGCGUGCUUUUCGCCCCCCACGCUGCCGGGGGACCCACCCGGUGCCCUGCUGGGGAGCGUUGGGCCCGACCUCACGGGAGGAUCAGCCUUGCCAGGGCGCAAGAAAGGGUGCGGGGUUCAGUUGGCCGGGAGGACUUGAACUGGGUUUCCGCACGUGGCAGCGCGUGAAGCGAUUUGCACGGGUAGCAAAGGCGGUGGUUGCGAGGGAAACGCAGCGAACGGCUGCAGACAAGUGCGGGGCAAGGAUUCAGACACAAACUGGGACGCCGCGGGGGGAGGCCCAGAGGGGCCCAGAGAAAAAUGUCCUAGGGAGACCGCUGUGUGCGCCGUCCCAGACCUCCCCGCCCCCCCGCGCGCGCCCUGCAAAUACCGGGAACUGAAGAGCCGCUGGGACUGGAGAGGGCCCCGGCGGCGGCGCGCAGAGUGAGGAAUGCGCCCUCCCCGGCUCGGCGGGGGAGCUGUUUGGGGGCGCUGGCGGCACCCGGCCCCGGGCGGGAGCGGGAGCUGGGAGCCUCCUCUGGCGAGGCGGGGAGUUUUCCACUGUUUCCUCCUUUGCCAGCUUCGCCACACUUCUAAUUGAGGACCUCCACGUCCAAUUUAAAAAGCCCUCGGUUGGCCAAGCGAGGAAAAAAAAAAAAAAAGGAAAAACUCUCUUAAUGCGGAAGGGAAGUCUGGUGCCUCGGUCGCUUCCUGCCGCCGGGCACCGCGAUUUGGGAUGGCGCAUUAGCCGUGCGCCUAGCUGUGGGUCCCCACCGCCAGCCAUUUCGCACGCACCCGGGACUCGGCACCGAGGGGGCGGGAGGCGCAGCCUGGCACGGUGUUCCUGGGCCUGCCCGCCGCGACCCAGAGACGUCGCUUUUCCCAGGGUUUGCAAACCUGGCCGCACUGCAUGUGGCGCGCCGGGCCGCGGGACCUGGGGGUUCCCAGUCCCUCCGCUCCGCGAACCCAACAGCUGCGGGGCGAAGAGUCCAAGGGAUGGAAAAUGCAUUUGUCUCCGCAGUGGUGGGAGGUGGCGGCUGAAUUUAACGCUUUCCCGGGUGGCCAGCACCCGGGCCUGGGACCUGGGGUUCCACGUGGAACUUAGAGGCGCGUGGGUGGGGAGUGGAGGGGUCUGGAAGGGAGGCGGAGGCGCCUGUUAACUAAUGCAAGGGAAAGUUGUUGCAUUUACCUGGAAAUGAUCUUCUCCCCACUUGCAGGUUUUCCUCUAAAUCCACUUUACCUAGGGUGUGGGUUGUUGGUGGGGGUGGGGGGGUUAACUGCAUGACUUUCAGUUUCCGCCUGAAAAUUCUCACCAUAGUCCCCUGGAGGGGGAAGAGACUGGUUCCUCGGCCCCUCCACACCCCCUCAUUGCAUGGGGCUUGGCGCAGCUUCAGGCGCGGCCCUGUUUCCUAGGGGUGUGCGGCCUGAGAAUAUAAACCGAGGCACGAGCUGCACCCCGACACCGUACCUUCUAGCCGCCCCCCCCCCCCAGGUGCUCACGCGCCUGGGGCUCUGGGAGCCAGCGACUCCUCUGGGAGGGGAAGAGAUUAGCGUUAGAGUCUCUCAAACCUGAAGAAAUAAAAUGGAAUCAAGAGGGGGGGGCGGGGGUUCGGGUCUACCGGGGACGAUUAGAAAUGUCAAGUCCUGCCUACCAGCAAAGGCAAAGGCUAUGCAGAGCGCGGACCGUGUGCCCCGCUGGUCCCCUGCACGCGUCACUUAACGUCCAUAACCUUAAGAGGUGGACCUAAUACUUUAAGCCGACUCGAUGCUUCGGGUAGUUGACUAACUCAACCCAGAUAUUCCUGCACAGCCUCAGAGUCCCCAAGUCUCACUAACUUCUUGUUCCUGUGGCAGUGUAUUUAGGUGCCGCCGCCGGACGGGACUCUAAGAUGAAGUUAUGGGAUGUCGUGGCUGUCUGCCUGGUGCUGCUCCACACCGCGUCCGCCUUCCCGCUGCCCGCCGGUAAGAGGCCUCCCGAGGCGCCCGCCGAAGACCGCUCCCUCGGCCGCCGCCGCGCACCCUUCGCGCUGAGCCGUGACUCAAAUAUGCCAGAGCAUUAUCCUGAUCAGUUUGACGAUGUCAUGGAUUUUAUUCAAGCCACCAUUAAAAGACUGAAAAGGUCACCUGAUAAACAGAUGGCAGUGCUUCCUAGAAGAGAGCGGAAUCGGCAGGCUGCAGCUGCCAACCCGGAAAAUUCCAGAGGAAAAGGCCGGAGAGGCCAGAGGGGCAAAAAUCGGGGGUGUGUCCUCACUGCGAUACACUUAAAUGUCACUGACUUGGGUUUGGGCUACGAAACCAAGGAGGAGCUGAUAUUUAGGUACUGCAGCGGCUCUUGCGACGCAGCUGAGACGAUGUAUGACAAAAUAUUGAAAAACUUGUCCAAGAGCAGAAGGCUGGUGAGUGACAAGGCGGGGCAGGCAUGCUGCAGACCCAUUGCCUUCGAUGAUGACCUGUCGUUCCUAGACGAUAACCUGGUUUACCAUAUUCUAAGAAAGCAUUCCGCUAAAAGGUGUGGCUGUAUCUGACUCCGACUCCAGAGACUGCUGUGUAUUGCAUUCCUGCUACAGUGCAAAGAAAGGGACCAAGGUUCCCAGGAAAUGUUUGCCCAGAAUGGAAGAUGAGGACCAAGAAGGAGGAGGAGGAGACGGAGGAAGAGGAAGAAGGCAGCCGUCGUGGGAGCCUGGUAGAGGGAGAUCCAGCUACAGAAGACUGGACAGGAGAGAGAGCAAAGGGCCGUCUGGACCCUCCAGGAUGGCCGCCGAUGCCAGCAGAAGCUCGGGGCUGGGGUCCCUGGCUGGCUGUGACGUCAUCCACCGCCAGCUAUCGCAGGUACAGUUGCGGAUGCACUCGAAGAACCACACCAGUGUAUCUCCUGGGGUCUGUGCUCACCAGGGAACCCAUCGUCCUGGUGUCACUCCUUGUCAUUAUGUUUUACUGCUGGAAGUCAGAGAGGCGCGUUUUUGCUGUCACUCAGUGGAGACCUGCCCUGGAAAGGAGAGGAGGCAAACAAACAUACAAACAGAAACGUAAAGACGCAAGAGAUGCCAACUUUUGGAUUUGAACGCUGAGGCCUGAGGUCUGCUACAGCCAGCAUUUUGGGGGAACGCUGGGUGGUGGACCUCGAACAUGGUGUGAAGGGUGGGAAGAAGUUGUCUAGGAACCAAAAAGGCUCUCCUCGGGAUUUCCAGCAAGCCUGAGAGCAUUGCCUUUCUGUCCUUGGAAACAGGAAACGAGUUGCCGUUUCCAGGAGAGCGAGUGGGGAAGGCACCCGGCUGCCCCUGGGGCACGGGGCACGGAGCCGGGCCCUGGGCCUGUCGGUUUACAGAGAGACACACGUUACAUACCCAGCUCCACUUAUGCGUGGUCACCAGUGACCAGAGAAGCUAAUCGAUGCAAUGCAUCUGUAUCAGAUACAGAAAUAUAGAGAAGAUAUUUAUUGAGAUUUAAGUUAUUGUUAUUUAUUACCAUUCACUAAUGAAUUUCUCUUUUUUCCCCUUAUUUAUUAAAGUUUCUUUUCAAAGGUGCCAAAGUAUAUGUACUCGCAAAAUGCAAAGAAAAAGGUGACAAAAGGAAAUUUUAAUUGGGGACGCGGGUCCAGGCUUUUCAAAGUAUUAACAAGUUUCUCGCUAGGCAAAAAUCACUUACUUUACCUUUUUAAGAAAAUCCCAUUAGCUUCCCUAGGUUUCAGGUUUUUUCCCUAUUUUUCUUUCUCUCUUUCUCUCUUUUUUUUUAUUUUAAAUAUGUCAGAAGGAGUGUCUCUGGCCAGCCCCUUCCCAGGAGAGGUGUGUGGAGGCCAUGGGCCUCUGUGGCCCCACCACUGAACAGAUCCACCUCGUGUCCACUCUCUGCUGAUUUAAGCUCUUAUUCCCUUCCACGUCUAUCUAGCGAUAAUAUGCAUAGCCAUAUAUAUAUAUACGGUGAAAUUCCUUUUCAUACGUAGCCCUGGAUUUAAUGCUGACCCAAAAGUCAACAAUGCUGUCCAGUAGCCACUGUUUGGCCCUGAUGGUGGGGACUCUCCCUCUACCCUUGCCCACCCGCUGCCUCCCUGAGAAAUACGCUGGCCACCCAGCUCAGCCAAGUGCCCAUGAAUGGGCUUCAGAGGUGCAGGGUGUCCACCUCACCUCCACAGGUGCUGCUCCUGUACAUCCGAGCCCCGCCUGGACAUCCCGGGGCUGAGAAGGGUAGAUGGGGAGGUGUGUGGUACACACGCGGUGCAGAUGCACAAAGCUUCACACAGGGCACACCCCCUUUCCCAUGAAGGAGCAAGGUGGGGGCGAGGCACAAGAUGGGCACCCCCACUCCUGGUUGUGGAUUUGCCUAGCAGGCGACACACGCUCAGUGCGUAUUCAAGCAUGCAUGAGAGUUGUUUACAACAUUCGGACGGGCAUUCUAACCAGGAAACAAGCUAUCACUAAAUUAGGGCUGUGAGCCAUGGCACUAGGGCAGAUUUAGCAGUGAAAUGACCUAUUGGCCUCCCACAAAUAAUCACGCUAAUUUUACAAAGUAACCAAGGAACAGAAGCUACCAGACAUCCCCUCUCUGUCACCCUGAGAUGCAAGUUCUCCAUCAUUCUGCUCCCCCACACAACUGGGAAAAGGAGGAGGGGGCGCCCCUCUCACCCUGCCCUGGGCCUUGCUGAGAAGUGGCUGCUCACAGCAGUGACAGCCCCAGCCAUCUGCUCACCCAGGACACAGCUUGCACGUGGCCCCAGGAGCUGUCCACCCCAGAGGACCCUGGCCGAGGUGCUGGGGGAUCGUCCCAGGUGCCCACGAGGGUCUCUGCCCAGAGAGGCUGCUGGGUUCAGUGGGGGUUGGCCGCAUGUUCCCAGCAUCACCUACGCACCAUAAAAGCAGGCUUUAAAGGAAGCAAAUUGCUCCACCCAAUCCACAAAAGGGUAAAGUUUGUGAUUUUUCUUUAUCAUUGUGAUCACCAACUGAUACCGUAAGGAGUGCACUUCUUUGGAAGUUCUGACUUCUCUGAUCUGUCUUGGUCGUUUGUGUUAUACAACCAAAGUUCUCUACAGACUUUAUUUUUGUACAAUAUCAUUUUGUAACUUUUUACAAAUAAAAACUCAUUUCUAUUG